AUGGCUGUAGGUUCGGGGUAUGGGCGGCGGAGGAGGCACAGGAGGGGGUCAACGCUGGGGGAACUGACUGAGACGGAGUGGGAGGGGACGGAUAGUGAGUGGGAGGAGGGGAUGGAGGAGCGGCUAGCGAGGAUUCAGAGGGAGGAGAGAGAGAAGAGGGAGAGGGAUGCUGCUGCUGCUGCGGCGGCAGCGGCUGCGGCAGCAGCUGCUUUGGCGGUUGGGGAAAGAGGGAGAGGGAGAGGGGGGGAAGGAGGAGAGGGGGGAGGGAUGGGAGGGAUGGGAGGGAGAGAGGUGGUGAGUAGUGGGGAGGAGGACGGAUUGAGGCGGUUCGGAGGGCCGCUGGGAGGUUCGGCGGAGAACCUGGCUGGUUUGGGAGGAGGCUCGGGUGGAGGGUUGCCGGGAGGUGAUAGUGCAGAGAGUGCUUAUAAAGAGGCAGCUUCUAACGAGUAUUCUCGGGGAGGGAAUGCUGCUCUAUCUCCUACUUCCCCUCCCGGCCAAUCACAAAAGGGAGGGGGAGGGGGAGGGGGAGCAUCACCAGGGGGGAAAGGGGGAUUAGGGGGGCUGGGCAGUGGUCUAGCAGGAUUGGCUAGUCUGCAAGGGCUGUUAGGUGGAGGUGGGGGUGGAGGAAAUGGGAUGGGGGGUGGGAUGAAUGGGGGAUUCGAACGGGAAGUGGGAGGAAGGAUGGAAGGGAGAGGAGCAGGAGGAGGGGGAGGAGGUGGUGGGGGAGUGGGGGGAGGUGGGACAGGGGGAGGAGGAGGAGGUGGUAUGGGCGGGGGAGGAGGAGGGGGAGGGGGAGGGGGAGGGGCAGGAGCAGGGGGAGCAGGGGGGCUAGGCGGCUUAGGCAGGGGCUUGGCAGGACUAGCAAGCUUGCAAGGGCUCCUGGGUGGGGCGGGAGCAGGUGCAGGGUCCCAGGGCGGGAUGAACGGGGGAGGGGGAGGGGGAGAGGGUGUGGGGACAACGGGAGGGCAGGUAGGAGGUGAGAGGGGGCGUGCUAUGAGCUCGUUGCAGCAGCAGCAGCUGUUGCAGGCGUCAACAGAUCAAGCUUUAGCCCGAUUUGAACGCCUGGCUGGUGGUGGUGGUGGUGCUGCUGGUGGCACUGCUGCUGGUGCUUCUUCCGCAAGUGCAGUGCAUCACCAGCAGCAGCAGCAGCAGCAGCAGCAGCAGCAGCAGCAGCAGCAGCAGCAGCAAAGGCAGCUGCAGGCGUCUACAGAUCAAGCCCUCGCACGGUUUGAGCGGCUGGCUGCUGGUGGUGGUGGUGGCGCUUCUGCUUCUGGUGGUGGUGGAGGAGGGGGAGGGGGAGGAGGAGGAGCAGGAGGAGGGGGAGGAGGGGGGGGAGGAAGGGGAGGAGAAAGAGCAGAUGCAGCGGCAGCAGCAGCGGAAUCCGGAGGUAUGGGUAUGGGUGGGAGGAGAAACUCUGCGGCACCCCCUCCUCCCUUGCAGCAGCCUGCCCCUCUCCCCGGCCCUCCCUCUCCCGCUGCUGCUGGAAGGGAGAUGGGGAGUGGUAACAGAGAAGGGACGAUUCCCAGUGACAAAGCCCUGAUAGUAGCACCUCUAGCCGUGGGAGUGUUGGGGGGAGAGGAGGGGGAGGAGGAGAAGGGGGAGGAGAUGGGCGGAGAGGAGGGGGCGGAAGGGGAGAGGGGGGUGGAAGAGGUGGGGGAAGAGGGGGGGCGGGAGGAGGAGGAGGAGGGAGAGAUGGAUCGGGGAGGGGAGGUGGGGGGAGAGGGGGAGGGGGUGGGAGGGGAGGGGACGGUGGAAGAGGGGGUGGAGGAGGAAGGGGUGGAGGGGGGGUGGGGGAAGGGGGAGGAAGAGGGGCAGGGGGAGCAGGGGGAGGAGCAGGUGGGGGACGCGGAGGGGGAGGUGGGGGGGGCAGGGGGCAAGCAGGAGGGGGACGAGGCAUAUUCGAAAGAGGAAGGUUGGAAGCAGGGGUUGGCUUGA